AUGCCUACAGACGCUGGAGGGCGUGUGAUUGACACUCUGCUGAUCAUGACGGGUGCCACCCUCGAAGCGGAGUACCAGCUCCAGAUCAACACGAUCAAUGCGGUGACUUGCAUUCUGUUGCGUGGACGGAGGGCGGCCCGUGCGUCGACCAAUUCAACCUCGCGCCUGGCCUUGUCGAAGACGAAUGAAUCCAGAGAAGGGAGAGUAUGA